CCAAAACACCCUAUUUUGUUGCUACGAUCACUGUAAGUAGAGAUCACGUUUUUUUCUCCUGAUCAGCGACUGAGCUUGUCUAUUUUAGGAAAUUCAACGUUUGGCUUCGAUCUUGAAAUUGAAUAUUUUCCGACAAGCUGAAGCGGACACUGAAAUUGGGGAAUGUCCGAUUCCGAAGGGUACUGUAGUAUCAGCUGAACUAUGUCUUCUCCUCAACGAUGAGAGCAAAUUUCCAAAUCCCGAUAAGUUCGAUCCGUCCAGAUUUGUUCACGAUCCCUCUCUAGCCUCAAUGGUUGCUCCAUUUGGUUUGGGUAGGAGAGCAUGUCUCGGAGAAUCACUAGCCAGAGCUGAGCUUUAUUUGGUAAUAUCUUCUUUCUUGUAG